AUGCAAAGUCUAAUACUGUAUUUUACGCACAAAUAUUCAACUGCUAUGAUGAUUGAACUUACUGCUGUUCUCAAGUCAUUGGCGAUAGCGGCGGUGCUCGCGUGUGUCGUUGCACGCCCGGAGCCGCCAUCAUCAUAUGGACCCCCUUCAACGUCCUACGGAUCGCCGUCGUCGUCGUACGGCCCGCCAGCCCCACAAUAUGGUCCACCUCAACGGCCCAUUGUUCACAAACAUGUGUAUGUGCACGUGCCACCCCCCGAUAAUGAGAUACCUCCCCCACCGAAACAGAUCUACGUGCCUCCCCCACAGAAGCACUACAAGAUAGUUUUCAUCAAGGCGCCUACCCCACCGACCCCGACUGCUCCUGUCAUCCCUCUCCAACCGCAAAAUGAAGAGAAGACUCUCGUCUAUGUCUUAGUGAAAAAGCCUGAGGAUCAGCCUGAUAUUGUGAUCCCAACACCAGCCCCCACGCAACCCGCCAAGCCUGAGGUUUACUUCAUCAGAUACAAGACACAGAAACAAGAGGGCUAUCCAGCAGCAAAGCCUCCGGCACCAGAAUACGGAUCACCUGCCUCCGCCCCAUCGUCGGAGUACGGAGCACCUUCGGGCGGCAGUUCAUAU